GCCUUACCCCUGCUCUGAAUGUGGAAAAUGCUUCAAAACAUCAACAUCACUAAAAGUUCAUCAGAGAACACACACAGGAGAGAAGCCUUACUCCUGCUCUGAAUGUGGGGCGAGUUUCUCUCACUGGGCUACUUAAAAAAACAUGGACGUAUACACACAGGAGAGAAGCCUUACUCCUGCUCUGAAUGUGGAAAAUGCUUCAAAACAUCAACAUCACUAAAACUUCAUCAUAGAACACACACAGGAGAGAAGCCUUACUCCUGCUCUGACUGUGGAAAGAGAUUCUCUCAGCUGGGAAACAUAAAACAACAUGAACGUAUGCACAAAGGAGAGAAGCCUUACUCCUGCUCUGACUGUGGAAAGAGAUUCUCUCACCUGGGAAACUUAAAACAACAUGAACGUAUACACAAAGGAGAGAAGCCUUACUCCUGCUCUGACUGUGGAAAGAAAUUCUCUCACCUGGGAUACUUAAAAAAACAUGAACGUAUACACAAAGGAGAGAAUCCUUACUCCUGCUCUGACUGUGGAAAGAGUUUCUCUCAACCGUGCACCUUAAAAAAACAUGAACGUAUACACACAGAGAAGCCUUACUCCUGCUCUGAAUGUGGAAAAUGCUUCAAAAGAUCAACUGCACUAAAAAUUAAUCAGAUAAAACACACAGGAGACAAGCCUUACUCAUGUUCUGAAUGUGGAAAAUGCUACAAAACAUCAACAUCACUAAAAGUUCAACAGAGAACACACACGAGAGAAGCCUUACUCCUGCUCUGACUGUGGAAAGAGGUUCUCUCUAUUGGGUACCUUAAAACAACAUGAACGUAUACACA